AUGGUCGUCAUAGCUAAUGCGCACAACGAACUAAUCCAUGAUGCUGUUCUAGACUACUAUGGGAAGCGCCUCGCUACAUGCUCUUCUGACAAGACAAUUAAGAUUUUUGAGGUCGAAGGGGAAACACACAAGUUGGUAGACACAUUGACUGGGCACGAAGGCCCUGUUUGGCGUGUUGAUUGGGCGCAUCCCAAAUUCGGUACCAUUUUAGCUUCAUGCUCUUAUGAUGGUAAGGUAUUGAUUUGGAAAGAAGAAAACGGUAGAUGGUCCCAAAUUGCCGUUCACGCCGUGCAUUCCGCUUCCGUCAAUUCCGUUCAGUGGGCUCCUCAUGAGUAUGGCCCCCUGUUACUAGUCGCUUCUUCCGAUGGUAAAGUCUCUGUAGUGGAAUUCAAGGAAAACGGUACCACUUCUCCAAUAAUCAUCGAUGCUCACGCGAUCGGUGUCAACUCCGCUUCUUGGGCCCCAGCUACAGUCGAAGAAGAUGGCGAACAUGGUGGUGCCAAGGAAUCCCGCAAGUUUGUGACUGGGGGCGCCGACAAUUUGGUAAAGGUUUGGAAGUACAACUCAGACGCACAAACUUACGUCCUAGAAAGUACUUUGGAAGGUCACAGUGAUUGGGUGAGAGACGUGGCUUGGUCGCCAACCGUCCUCCUACGUUCAUACUUGGCUAGUGUCUCACAAGACCGCACCUGUAUCAUCUGGACUCAAGAUAAUGAGCAAGGCCCAUGGAAAAAAACUUUAUUAAAAGACGAAAAAUUCCCAGAUGUUUUGUGGAGGGCCAGUUGGUCUUUGUCCGGUAACAUACUAGCCCUUUCUGGGGGUGAUAAUAAAGUUACCUUAUGGAAGGAAAAUUUGGAAGGUAAAUGGGAACCUGCUGGUGAAGUCCAUCAAUAA